AUGAAGGCUUGGGUUCUCGAGUCCUUCAACACACCAUAUAAACUGCGCAGCGAUGUCCCUGUGCCGAAGCCUGAUGGUCCAUACGAUGUCCUGAUCAAAGUCGACGCCGCAGGCUACUGCCACACGGACGCCGUUCUCGCAGCCGGCCAGUUUCCCCUUCCGCCAAAACUCCCCAUGGUGGGCAGCCAUGAAAUCGCUGGGACCGUGGUCGAGGCGGACCCGUCAACAGGUCUGAAGCCAGGCGAUCGCGUCGGCUCACCUGGUCGCAACUUUCACCCCUGCGGAGAGUGCGACGAGUGUCGAAAGGGGCCAGGACCCGAUGGCACCGGCGACCCCGUAGGUUAUUCCAACUACUGUCCCGUGGGUAAAAGUAACGGCAUCGCACGGGAUGGGGGGUUUCAAGAAUACCUGGUCGUGGACGCGAGACAGGUCGCCAAGUUUCCCGAACAGCUGACCGCAGUAGAGGUAGCGCCCUUGAUGUGUGCAGGCAUCACCAUCUACGAGGCGCUGAAGAAGUGCCGGCUCCAACCGGGGCAGCGGGUGGCCAUCAUGGGAUGUGGAGGUGGCCUGGGCCAUCUCGGGCUACAGUUUGCUACCAAAAUGGGUUUGAAAGUGAUUGGCGUGGACGCCUCCGACGGGCCCCUGGCCAUUGCGUCGAGUCUGGACACGGGAGCAGAGAUUGUGGACGCGCGGGUCACACCAGCCAUGGAUAUCGUCAAGCGCCUCGGCCAGGAAGACGGUAAGAAGUACCGCGGUGAGAUGGGCGUCGACGCGGCCAUCAUCCUGCCGGAGAACCAGAGAGCUUUCCAAUACGGGGUCGACCUGCUGCGCAACCACGGGACCUGCCUCGUGGUAUCGUUCCCCGAGAAGGGCUUCCACUUCGCCGCGAGCGAUGUCAUCUUCAGGGACAUUCGCAUCAUCGGCACCCAGCUGGGGACGAGCAGGCGAGUCAAGGAGAUGCUGGAUUUCGUGGUCGAGCACGGCGUCAAGACGCUGAAAAAGGUCUACGAGUUUGACAGGCUGGACGAGCUUGUCGAGGAAUACGAGCGUGGGGGAGGCGGGAAAUUGGUCUUGGACCUUUCGGCCUCGAGUGUUUCGAAGUAG